AUCAAAAACUCACCGAGUGACUUCGUAGUGACAGAAAUCGAGAUGCCCGAACACUUACUUAGGGAUACCCGCGCUGAAUCGCUUCAGAAAACUGGUGAAGCGCCGCUAGAAGAAAGUAGCCCGUGCCUGCAGCACCCCAAAAAGCUGAGAAAGGAGCUGCGUGCCGAGGGCUGCCGUGGUGGUGCGCCCCGUCCUUCGGAGCGUGACCCAGGCUGGCCAGGAGGCGACCCUUCUGCAUCCCCUGACAAAAACCAGCGUGAGGGUGAACCCAAAGUGGUAUCUGGCCUCGAGGAAGCCAGUACAUUGGAUUCCUUACUAGGCAAACCCAUGAGUGAACUGCUCAGUAAAUUUGCUUGUGAUCUGAAGGAGGCGUGGGACGUGAAAUGUAACGCCGAUGCUGGCACUGGGGAGUUCUUGCUGGGACCGAUACUGGACAAGAAAAAUCGAGCUGAUUUACACAGUGCCAUUAGGCAGAAAUUCCCCUUUCUAGUCACUGUUACAAAAGACAAUGAAAUGAUUGUAAAAGGAAAUGCUGAUUACAGAGAGCUUUGUCAGUUAGUGACUGAAAAGGAAACAAGUGAUUUCUUUAAAUUUUUAGAUGCAAAGCUAGAAAAUUCUACAUUUUCUUUUGAGCCUGAUGGAAACAAAGAGCACAGAAAAGUAGUUCACCACUUUAUCAAUAGAAAAUUUGGAAAACUUUUAGAAACAAAGGCUUUCACUGUGACAGAUGUCAAUGAUCAGCCAAAUAUGUCAAUAAUGGUACGAUUUCGAGAAAGAAGUGGGUCCAGAAAAAGGUCUGCUGGUGGUUUCCAGGGAAAACAAGAUCUUUAUACAGCUUUCACCCUUCAGAAAGAAAAUCUAGAAACACUAGAAGCAAUUGGCCUCUUGGCUGCUGAACUGGGCGUUCUUCCUUCAGACUUCAGUUAUACUGGCAUCAAAGAUAAGAAGGCUAUUACGUACCAACCUAUGGUUGUGAGGAAGGUGACUCCUGAGAG